CAGCGGCAGAAGUAGUUUGACCUCCCCGUCCCUCCACCCCUCCCCCGCUGCUCCGCAUCCACAGCCGCUCGCUCGACGCCUCUCGCCCGCCGCCCUUCGACAUUCUCGCUCGCUUCGCUUCCCCUCCGUCCGUCGUCUUUGGCUGAGGGAGAUAACAAAAUCUGAUAAACUCCGGGCCUCGCCGUCCGGGUCGGGUCCCGCAACCUUCUCGUCCCACACAAAGCAGAGGGGGAGGAGUUUUAGGGGGGGUGCGGCAGGAGGAGCCAUCACCGUGUCCGUGCUGGCCAUUAUUAUUUCUUCAUCCAGCGGCAAUUUCUGGCCACCGGCGGGCUAUAUUAUUCAGGUGCGUGCCCGCACCGUACUGGCGUGUCGCGAGGUGUUUCCUUGAGGCGGAAUGGCGGAGGAGUGCCCGGUAGCUGGCGGCGUCGCGGAGUUCUGGCUUCCCGACGAGUUCCUGGACGACGACUUCUUCUCCGAGGAGGAGAAGGCCGCGGUGGCCGCCAAGAGCGAGAGCGACGAGGAAGAAGGGCUCGACGGGCUCUCGCGCCGCAUGGCUGGGAUCCUCGUAGGCGGCGGCAAGGGAGACGAUGAUUCCUCCCCUGCAAAGGCGGAAGUGAUGGCCGGCUCGCCGCAGUCGAUCCUGUGCGGCCUCGCGGCUUCCGGGGAGGAUAGCCCCAACGGAGUGGCGUCGCAGGUCAGCUCGCCGCCGUCGUCGCCGCUGGAGCAGCAGCCGGCUGAUCCCUGGGACGUCCUGCACGAGGCGGCCGGGCAGGUGGCCUGCCUGCGCAGCAACAGCAUCCCCGUGCCGAAGAACGCGGCUGCUCAUCGUGGCCACGCCGUCGUGCCGCCGGCGAAAAAGCCGUCUGCGCCGGCUCCUGCUCCCAAGGCCGCCUGUGCUGACCACUAUCAGCCGAAUAUUUUGCUGGAACAGCGCCGGAAAGUUGCUCAGUUUAAUGCCCUGAAGCAACAGCAGAUGCUCAAGCAUCAACAGCAGCAGGAGCUCGCCGCCGCUACGGCGGCGGCAUGGGGCACGCGCAUCUGUGGUCCUAAACGAACCGCCGGCUCCGGCUUUGGUGCCGCGCCACACGCCCUCAACCCGUCCGCGUGGCCCCCGCUCCAGAAGGCGCAACAGCCGGCGCCGUCCGCGGCCGGCAUGCGCGCCGUGUUCCUCACCCCUCCCGGCGCCAAGCGCGAGUGCACCGGCACCGGCGUGUUCAUCCCCCGCCAGGCCGGCGCCCCCACCGAGCCCAGGAAGAAGCCAGCCUGCUCCACCGUCCUUCUCCCGGCGCGCGUCGUGCAGGCGCUCAAUCUCAACGUCGAGGACCUCGGGGCCCGUCCCAUCUACCCUGGCGGCUUCGCUCUUGAUCACGAUGCACUGGUGAGCCGGAGCAACGCACUGCUGGCGAGCCGUUCGUCCCAGCUCCCCGGCGGCGCCGCACGCGAGGUGAAUCUCCCGCAGGAAUGGACGUAUUGAAGCGCCGGUUCGCCGUCGGUGCAAAGAUGAUUAACGGGUCAUAUUUAAGGCAAAAUUACUAUUGGUAUUGCUAGCGCUAGGUAGGUGUUAGGGUAGAAUUAGGAGGCAGCGGUGGCAGCAUUAUGCAUGAAGCAUCAGCGUUAGGUGUUCUUUUGUGUGGGUGAUAUAUAUUGGUUAUUUUGGAUGAUGGAUGGGUUGGUGAUGGAUGGGAGCCGAUGAACAAGAGCGAGAUCCAUGGCUUUCGCAGGUCGUUGAGGGGGGAGGAGGAACAAUAAGUGGGUGCUUUUGGAGGGUUUGGCAGUAUGUUAGCUGCUUGUGGUACGAUGAUGAUUCCCAAGAGAAAUCAUCAGCAGUCCAGUCAGUUUGCGAAGAAAGAUGUGUCACUGUAAGCAAGAAAGUAAUAAGAGCUCCAUAUUUCCUCUUUU